AUGUCCACUAUCCAGAACCUCCAACCCUUUGACCCCUUUGCUGAUGCAAGUAAGGGUGAUGACUUGCUUCCUGCUGGGACUGAGGACUACAUCCAUAUAAGGAUCCAGCAGAGGAACGGUAGAAAGACCCUCACCACUGUCCAGGGCAUUGCGGAUGAUUACGAUAAAAAGAAACUAGUGAAAGCCUUUAAGAAGAAAUUUGCCUGCAAUGGUACUGUGAUUGAACAUCCAGAGUAUGGAGAAGUGAUUCAGCUGCAAGGCGACCAGCGCAAGAACAUAUGUCAGUUCCUCAUUGAGAUUGGACUGGCUAAAGACGACCAGCUGAAGGUCCAUGGGUUUUAAGAGCCUGUGGGUUACUGAAGCUUUAUGCAAGAAGAUUUCCUUGCAAUGAGUAAAAUUCGCUUCUGUCCCUUGUCAUAAGUUUAAAACCUGCCGGCUUGUGUAAUGUAACAAUCUUGGGUCCACUCUCUUAGUCUGGACUAGUGUAACUCAAUGUAAUAAACUGACAAGAGCCCAUGCUGUCUCGUCUUGCAUUUCCUCAUUUAAACAGAGGUAAAUCAGGCAUUUGGUAGUGCCCUGCCUGGAGCUAGAAGUAACCAGAUGCUUUCAGAUAAGUCCAGGGACUCAAUAUGUCUGUCCAGAAACUGCCUGAAUCUCUUCUGAGUCCAGCUUCCUUUCCAUUUCAAUGGACAUUAAUACUUAAUAAGGUGCCUGCAGUGGUCCUAAAUGGAAUAAAGCACCAAACGUGAGCUGUGACACUGAAUGGGAAGAUAGCAUCCUGUAGGCAGUACUUGCUUCUGGAGGUAGAUGGCUUUGGGGAAUCUUGACUGACCAAGAAGAGUAACUGCAGAAAUUUGCCUUUUGGAGCAAACUAGAGUGACUGCUCCAGGGUGGAAUGUUUGGACUUCAGGUUUGGCCAGACACAGAUUAUUGUUAAGCCCAAAGAUACAGGGGGUAAAGUACUGGAUGGAAACAUAACCUUGGAUUAAACUUUUGACAAGGGAUCAAUCUUGAAAUUAAUGUUAACAAAUGUUAUUGUAGAUAUAGCUGCAGAGCUUACCUGUUACUAGCCACUGCUGCCCAAUGCCCUGUGAAGUAACAGAAUUUUGGUUUCAGUUUUAAUGUUGUAUGUAAUGUAUUUAAAGUCUUAUUUAAAUAAAAAUGGUUUUCAAAAG